AUGCACGCCCAAAUCUCAAUCUUGUCUGCCUGCCUCUUUUCCACGUUGUUUCCGUCUCCUAGUUGCUCCCAGUUUGUUUCUGGACUAUCGCAGUCACUUCCCCAAUCCACCCGCAAUCCAUCAAAUCCCACAGAGUAUUCCACGACUGACUCGAAUCUCGACUCCAACUUUGACUUGAAGCUUGACUCCAACAUAGAUUCCAGUUUGACUUCCAACUUUGUCUCCAAUUCCAAUUCGACUUCAUCCAACACCAUUUUUCAAUCUGGUGCAUCCACUUCCUCCCAUACGUCGCCUCAGUCUCUUCAGUUUCCUGAUCCUGUCUAUGCAUUGAACACAGGCAACUCCACUUCUGAAUAUACGUUGGACUCCUUAACUCCAACCGUUUCUGCCAUGUCCCAGCCCCGCAGACGACACCGGAACACAUCGGUAUGCACCUUCUGCAAGCGCCGGAAGGUCCGUUGUGACAAGGGUGCCCCUUGCUCCACCUGUGUCAAGUAUGGCAAUAAGAACUGCGAAUACGUCAAUGAUGUUUACCAAACCAAGGCCGCUCCUCACUCCAACGGCUUCAACGAGUCUGUUUUGUCUUUGGAAACUGUUCCCAUGACUCGCAAACCAGCGUCCAUGGUUUCGCUGAUUCCAAAUUCUGCUCACAGGCCUGGCUCAAACUCGUCCAGUUCUCGUUCCCAUUCAACUGGCAGCCUUACAAGCCGCUAUGUCAACGGAAGUGCUCCGUUGCUAACUCCAGCCGUGCAUUCUGAGCUCGAGCUUCUAAAGCAGAAAAUUCUGAUGUUGGAGCAGCUGGUGUCGUACUCGAAUCAUAUCGACGGUACCAGCUCAUCAACUUCCGCUUCGUCGCCUUCUGAGCCAGUUAGAUGGCAAGGACGUUUGAACGGAGAGGAAAAUUCGCUCUUAGGCUACUAUCCCAGCUCUUCUGCUGAUGAAACGUUCUCUUUCCAUGACAACUACCUCCCAUUUCUUUCAAUGCAGAAUAUGGGCUCGAGAUACUGUGCCCCGUUGAGCUGGAUUGCCUUGAUCAAGGUAGACAACGCAGUUUCAUCGAUGUUCGCUUACAAGCGUAAAAAUGUUCUACUCAAACGUUACCUUACCAAAGAGCUUUCCAAGGACAUCGAAACUCUCAAGCCUGCCGAGCGAUUUUUCCGGGAGAAAAUAUCUAACGAGGUUGCUUUGAACGAUGACUCGCUAUUCCCGGAUUCCUCCAACUUAUAUCCUAACAAGAAAAACAAGAAUGUUCCCCAACGGUUUGUUGAAAAGGCAAAAUCGCUGGGUCUUACUGUAUAUGAAGGUGACCUUGACAGUGUUCAUGAUGUGCUUGAUAAGAUUCAAUUGAUUUUGCCUACAGCAAAGAUUGUAUGGAUGUUAGUGGAUCGCUUUUUCGCCAGAGUUUACCCUUUUUUUCCAUUUAUUGACCAGUUUGAUUUUGAACAUCACUUGGAGCGCAUUUUCGGCUCCAACUCAAGAGCCCAUGAGAAAAUCAAGAAGCUCCAUGUCCAGGGUCGUAUGGAUUUGGCUUUUCUUGCUCUUUUAUUAAUGGUUCUCAGGUUUGGAUAUUUAACUUUAAUUACAAACUCUGAUGCCAUGAAUGAAGCCAACUUACACUCCACGGACCCAUCUCAGAGAGCCCAGGAGAUCAAGUUCUUGAUGAUGAAUCCUAUUCACAUGGACUUUGUCGAUGUUGCACAGGUUUGUCUCCUGCAAUUUGGAUAUCUCAGGGUCAGCAACCUCUCACUUCUCCAAUUAUCAUUAUAUAUCAAGUUGUACUUUUCUUUUGCUCCUGAAAAUGGUGACAGUCCCGAGGAUACGAACUCGCAAUCCUACACUUCCAUGUUGAUCAACAUGGCCAUGAGCUUAGGCUUGCAUCGUGAGCCAGAUAAUUUCAAAGGGAAAAUUCGUGAUGACAGAACGAGCAACCUUUGCAGGAAAAUUUGGUACUAUUUAUUGAUUAUUGACCUUCAUAACGGCAUGUCAAAUGGCUCCGCUCCUUGUGUUUCCGGGGAGAUGUUCGACACCAGCCCUCCUUACUAUAAGCCAGGUAACGAAAAUGUUCGUGAUAUCGAGAUCGAAAAAGAAGCUGUCAACGGAUUUCGCAUUGAUAGAUGCUACAAUCUUUUGAACAGUGUGGUUAGGUCAAUAUCCUCAGUCCAUUCGCCCAUCAAUUUGAGAGAUCUCUAUCUGAAAUUGAGCGAGUUGGAAAUUGAGUAUAUCGGGGAGCAGCGAGCUUUAGUCAUGGAGCCAAAUAGUCAGCGCUUGGUCCCUAUUGAUGUGUCCCAAGCUAUUCAGACUAAGAUUUAUUUCCAAGCAAAUUUCUUCCUCGCAGGUAUUGCCUUCCAUUUAUUCAAUCACUAUGAAAGGAACAACGAAAUAGACCUUGCCUAUUUUUACUUGAAAAAGGUGGUUUCUAUUGUCAUAUUCAACACUAUGCCAUUCUAUGAGGACUAUGUGGAUAAGAGUUACAUUUGGUUUCAAAACUCGACAGAUUUGGCAGUUACACCCUCUUUUCAGGCGUUGGUCCACAAGUGUAUGAUUGUGAUUCAAUCGACAAUGGCCCGUGCGAGGUUUUCGCUGCUCCAGUGCGAAAGUCUGCCCACCCAUUCCGAAGACAUGGCAACUAACUCUGAGUAUAAGAAGAGAUACGAUUUGCUCGUUGAAAUAUUCAGUUUAUGCGACAAAUGUUUGUCGUGUUUUGUGAGUACCUUAACGAAGCUCAGCAGCAGAUUUUACUACAGCUGGAGAUGUCUCAAGGCUUACGAGGGAUUGAAGGGAGCCCGUGAAGGUACCGACUACUAUUUGAAUUUUUGCAAAGGGAGAGAGGGGUACAUGUUGUUCACAACUCCGAUGCUUGAGGAUUUCGUAUCUGUUCUAAAAGAAUCCUUGAAGGUGGUGAGGAAUAACCAGCUCCUGAAAGGAGUCACCCCCAUGUUCCCGGAGGAGAUGUUUUCCAUGGAUAAUGAAAUUAACUCGAUGCCCCCGAUUCCCGAGACUCCCGUUCCAAUUCUUGGUGAGAAUAUUGAUGCCUUGUGGAUGCAGAUGAUGACUAUGAAACCACAGAUGACCAAAUCUAUCUUGUUUAGUCAUACUCCUCCGACUGUGGAACUUGAUAUCGGGUCAGGUACAUUCGAUUCCAAUCUUGACAACUUGGUGUUUGGGAACGACUAUAGUAUCUUUGAUUCCAUUUUUGAAGAUCCCAUUUAG